GACGUUGAAAAGACCAAGGUAAAUAUUAGUAGAUGUUAAAAAAGAAAAGAAAAAACAGGGUGAGAGAGGGAAGCAGGGGCAGCAAGCGCAGGAAGGUAGAAGAGAGAUGAAGCGAUGAUGAAAAGGAAGAGGAAGCUGCUCUGCAACUCUUUUCCCCCUUCUCUUAAACUCUAACCUCACUCACACGACAACUCCUUCCCUCUGUUUCUCCUUUCUCCAUCCCAAACACAAAAGAGCAAUCUCUAAUGGUUUUUUCUUAAAGAGUCAACUCAUCCCGCGUUAUGGGCUGCUGUAAAUCCACCUUCGUCAAACGGCCAGACUCUUCUUCUCAACACAACCACCACCAGAAUAACCAAAUCAUCAACGGCGCCGGUUCUGUUGGCGUCGAGGUGGGAGGUGUGCUGGAUUUCGCGGAGUUCUCUCUUGCGGAGCUGAAGGCUGCCACUAACAACUUCAGCGCCGAUUUCAUCGUCUCCGAGAGCGGCGAGAGGGCUCCUAAUGUUGUCUACAAAGGUCGCCUCCAGAACAAUAAUAAUCACCGCUGCAUCGCCAUCAAGAAGUUUUCCAAAUCAGCGUGGCCGGAUCCCAAGCAAUUCGCGGAUGAAGCAUGGGGUGUCGGGAGGCUGAGGCACAAGAGGCUGGCGAAUUUGAUUGGGUAUUGCUGCGAUGGAGACGAGAGGUUGAUUGUGGCGGAGUACAUGCCCAAUGAUACCCUUGCAAAGCAUUUAUUUCACUGGGAGAGCCAGACUAUUGAAUGGGCCAUGCGUCUAAGAGUUGCUCUGUAUAUUGCUGAAGCUUUAAAUUAUUGUAGUGGCAAAGGCCGUCUACUCUACCAUGAUUUGAAUGCAUAUCGGGUUCUGUUUGAUGAGAAUGGUGAUCCUCAACUUUCAUGUUUUGGUUUGAUGAAGAACAGCAGAGAUGGGAAAAGUUACAGCACAAAUCUUGCCUAUACACCUCCUGAGUAUCUAAGAAAUGGAAGGGUUACUCCUGAAAGUGUUAUCUUCAGUUUUGGAACUGUCCUUUUGGAUCUUCUCAGUGGAAAGCACAUUCCUCCAAGUCACGCUCUUGAUAUGAUACGGGGCAAAAACAUUCUUCACAUAAUGGAUUCACAUCUAGAGGGGAACUUUUCGGCUGAAGAAGCAACAGUGGUCUUAGAUCUUGCCUCAAGAUGUUUACAACAUGAACCUAGGGAACGGCCAAAUACCCAAGAUCUUGUUGCAACGCUUGCUCCACUGCAAAAUAAAUCUGACGUUCCAUCUUAUGUGAUGCUUGGAAUUGCUAAGAAUGAGGAAGCACCUCCUACUCCACAGCAUCCUCUUUCUCCUAUGGGUGAUGCAUGUUCAAGGAUGGACCUCACAGCUAUCCACCAGAUUCUGGUAACAACACAUUACAGAGAUGAUGAAGGAACCAAUGAGCUAUCUUUUCAAGAGUGGACACAACAAAUGAGAGAUAUGUUGGAGGCAAGAAAGCGUGGGGAUGUUGCAUUUCGUGACAAAGAUUUUAAAACUGCUAUAGAAUGUUAUACUCAGUUCAUUGAUGUAGGAACCAUGGUUUCUCCAACUGUAUUUGCACGGAGAAGUCUUUGUCAUCUUCUCUGUGAUCAACCAGAUGCUGCCCUCCGAGAUGCAAUGCAAGCACAAUGUGUGUAUCCAGACUGGUCGACCGCAUUCUACAUGCAAGCAGUUGCCCUUUCAAAGUUGGACAUGCACAAGGAUGCGGCUGACAUGUUGAGUGAAGCUACUACCCUAGAAGAUAAAAGGCAACGAGGUGGGAAAGGAUCUUGACGAGCAACUCCUGUGGGUAAUUCUUUUUCUAGUGUGAGUGUUGUAGUAGUUCAUGUAUAAUUGGGAUUGUGGUGUCCUUCCAAAAUUGUACCAUAGAGGGAGGGAGACUUGUUUGGCUCACUGUUAUUAUUAUUACUAUUAUUAUUUUUGACCCUUCGCGAUUUUGAUGAAAUAAGAAAUUGGUUCUUAU